GUGGAGAAUCGAUCUAUGGAGAUCCUUUUGCAGAUGAGGUCCAUUCGCGGCUGAGGUUCAAUCAUCGGGGAAUCCUGGCCUGUGCUAAUGCAGGAAAACCCAACUCCAACAACAGCCAGUUCUUCAUCACUCUGGAUAAGUGUGACUGGCUGGACAGAAAACAUACUAUUUUUGGAAAGGUGACAGGUGAUACGAUCUACAACCUUGUGCGGUUGGGGGAGUUGGAAACGGAAGAGGAUGAUCGUCCAGUGGACCCACCCAAAAUAAUCUCUGUUGAGGUUUUGUGGAAUCCUUUUGAUGAUAUUGUUCCAAGAGAGGAUCACAUCAAGAGAGAAAAGGAUGAGGAGGAACAACUGGCUGCAGAAGAAUCAAAGAGAAAAUCUAAGAGGAAAGGCACAAAGAAUUUGGCACUUUUGUCAUUCGGAGAGGAAGCUGCAGAGGAGGAGCAAGAGAUUUCCAAAGUCGGCCACAAGAUAAAAAGCAGCCAUGACCUCCUUGACGAUCCACGGCUGAUCAAGAGCGUAGAGCUGGAUGAUGACGAGCUGCAGAGGAGGCAAGACCUGAAGUUAUCGGUACGCCAAGCGCUGAAGAAAGGACAGGACAAAAAUGACGAAGCAAAGGGAGGAUCGUCUUGGGGCCGUGUGCCUGCUGACACUGCCAGCGACAGUGAGAAGGAUAGUGCUGACGAUGGCGAUGGCGAUGAUGCUGAUUUCGAUGCGCGUAUGAGAAGGAAGAUUCUGGAAAAACGCAAGAUGAUGGAAGCAGGAAGAAAGGCGGGUGACCGUAAAGGCAACAAGAGCGGCACCAGGUCAAAAAGGCAAGUGGAUGAUGUCAAAGAGGAGACGGACAGUGAUGACGAGAACGAGGAAGGGAGCAGCAGGUCUAAGAAGAAGGAUGCCCUUGUGAUUAAGAAGAAAGGAAUGGGGUCCGUGGGCAGGGCACAGUUGGCCAGCGCAAUCAACAAGGACACGGAACUGAUGACGAAAGGGGAGCGAGUCAGAGAGCAAGUAAAGCAGAGAAAGCGGAGCAACAAAGGAAGGGAGAGCGAGGUGGGUUAGACCACCGGUACCUCCGGGCCUCUUUUUCUUUUUCCAGACACGGAUUUGCACUGCGUGCCAAUGAAAAACGAACCGCCAG